AAACGAAGCUGCCACUAACACCACGAAGAUUCUAGAGGAUAUCACAUACGAAAAGGAGGCGACAUUAUCUGCCAGGCAAUAUGUUACUUCUGUGGAUGUUAUCAUCGGAGAUGUACGCCAGGCACUUGAGGAAUACAGUACUACUGCAUCGCAGGCCUUGACGCACUCAACCGAGGCCUGGCGCAAUACAAUGGAAAGAAACUUUACUCAAUAUUCCUGGAACAUUACUGAACAUACAAGAAUGGCUGAAAACAUGUCUGCUCAUGUCGAGGAAACUUUAACGCGGGUCGUUUCUCAGCUAUUUCGUGCGAGAGAACUUGAUGUCUCCAUACAGCAAAAAGCAGCCAAUUUUAAUCAGAUUCAGGAGAGCUGGAGUCAGUCACAUGCACUCUUCAUGGAUUCAGUUGAGCAAGUUUAUAACCAUUCCAGGGAAAUACAAGCGAUCUUGAUGGACACAAAGAAUCUACUUGAACAAGAAUUGAUAGCUUUGAAUAAUACCAGUGCUUCGUUAUCAAACACAAAUGCGACAUUAAAUGAUACAAGAAAUGUUUUGUUGACAGGGACCUCCAUAUUUGAGCAAUACCGCAGCACAUUAUCGCCUGUCAAUGGGGAACUGGAGGUAUCCAUGCUGCAAUACGAACAAGAACAAACUCAGUUUGUUAUACGCAUAGAAAGGGGCCGUAAUCUACCACCGAAAGAUCUUUCCAGUCAAACCUCAGACCCGUACGUUUUGGUAUCAACUAUCCCUGACUGGAAUAACGAGGGAACUCAAAAGUCCUCCACAGUCAACGGUGACCUCAACCCAGAUUUCCCGUUUGGCGAUGUAUUUCGCUUCAAAAUUGCCAUGGAGCAGUUAAAUUUCACUCAAGUGAGGCUGGCCAUGUAUGAUGACGACCCUGAUGACGAAGAUGAUUUCAUGGGCGUGGCAUUUAUUGAUUUAUCUAAAGUGGGAAACUUCUUCGAUAACAUUAUCACUGAAUGGUAUUCACUUAUACCACAGGACCCCUCCGAUAUAGCCAGCGGCAAUUUUGUUCCAUCCGGUGGACUUGGACUUACAGAUGUAUCGAACCUACUGGAAACAGAAGUCGACAAAAUCAAGCAAAAGCUUGCAAUAGCUGACGUUAAAUUACAACAGGCUCAGAAUCAAGCCUCUUAUUUGGAGUCACUCGCUCACCAAAUGGAACAAACGUUUAAUAGCAGUCGUUCCCACGGUACACCGGCUCUGUCAGCCAUCGAGAGAUAUUCUGAGAUAAGUGAGCUUGUGAACAGAUCUCUGGAUCUUGUGGAACAGGCAAACAACACGAUUAACAUGAUCUACCAACAACUCAGCGUAUUUUCUUUAGAUGACUUACAAAUCAGUGCAGAAAUCACGUGGCAAGAAUUCUACGACCUUUACAACGGCACACUAGAAAGAAACAUUACUGCACAGAAUUUGGAAAGGACGAUUCACGAGGCAAACUUAACGUUCAUAAAUUCUGUAAAUAUAUGGAAUCAAAUCUAUGAACAGUUUCCCGUCAUCCAGGAUGCAGCCGUUAAGUUCCAGAACGUUACAGGACAAGCUCCGGCCGUGACACCGCCAUUGAUGGAGGCACAAAUUAAAGCGACAAAUACAAGUAUACUAUUAUCUGGACUGGAGGCAAGGCUCACUGAGAUGGAGCUCGUCCUGGAAACACUGUUAAAUAAAACCGCUCUCAUCAAAGAAUCAUCUAAUGAUGGAAUAACCAUGAUAAAUGAAGCCUUUACUAAUGUGCAAAAUAUCUCAGCAAGGCUGACACCAAACCCAACUGAGCCACCAGUGAAUGCUACAGUGCGCGAAGCUAAGAGAGUCAUGAUGUCACUGGCACCCAAUCGACAGCAGAUAGAAACCCAUAUGGCCAAUGUAUCGAGUAAACUUGGUCAGAUCAAAAGCAUGUCCAUGUCACUGCCUUUUGCUCUGUACCUUAAGGACGAUGCAUUAGUGACGCUGGUUCCAUCGACACGAACCAUUGAAAAUCCUUUCCAAAACGAGAUUUCUUUUGAUUUCAAGACUAAUGUCAGCGAAGGCCUGCUGAUGUAUAUGGGUGGAGAGCCUCAAGAGAGCAGGAGAACCAGACGGUCUAACCGGCUGACAAACAGCCUUGCCCUGUACAUAUCUAGUAACACUGUUAAUGUGGCUUAUAACCUCGGGGAUGGACCAAUCACAGCUCAGAAUCCACUGGUACUUAACAAUGACACAUGGCACAACGUUUAUUUCACCAGAUUUGGGGCCAAUGGGUUUUUAACAGUCAGUGCAGACACAAACACCCACGAAACGGUCAUGAUAAAUGGCUCAUCAGUCAGCGAUAACACGAUGUUACAACUCACCAAUCAAAGUGCUAUUUACCUGGGAGGAUUACCUGCAAACCAAUCGGAAUCUCAAGUGUUUGACCACUUCAGUGGAAUCAUCGAUAAUCUGGUUAUCGACAACAAACGCUACAAUCUUUGGGAUCCUAAGGAAACUAUUGGUAGCACNGACACAUUCAUCAAAAGCUGUAAAAUAAGAUAA